GUACACAGCAGCCCUUCUUGCUAAAGUCAUACAGUAUAUGUAAGAGCUUUAAAUAACUUGGGAUCUGACACAGUAAAGUCAACUUCCUCUUCCUGUAUGUCAUGUAAGAAAACAGCAGAGCUCAGCACCGGGGGCUCCUGCCAACAGACAGAGCCAAGCCUGUGGCAUUAAGUUGCAGCCUGAGGUUGCUGUGAGUUGCAGUGUAGAGUUGGAGCUCCCUGAGCUGUAGGUGCCCGUGCUGGCUAGGAACCCUCCUUCCUCAGCCAGUGACGUACUUUAAAUCAGUCCCUUAGUCCCUUCUCCUCCCUAUCUGGGUGAAAGUAAAAAUAAAAAAGCUCUAGCCCUGUGAGAGUCAGAUGAGCCCAGCUCCAGGGAUCCUAUUAGUACCAGCAGACAGACAGAGCUCCUAUACAGAGCCUGGGGGUACAGAAAAAGCCCAUCUCACUGAUUGCUGCUAGCUCUUUCAUACCAGAUGUUCCCUGCCAUCCGACCCACGGUGCGAACCCGGAGACCGGUCUGAGGAUCACCUUGGAAAAGCAAUAAUCAGGUUUGUUCUUUAACUGAUGUAUUAAGUUUACUGUAUUGUACAAGGACACAGUCUACAAACAGCUAUAUUAUAUAUUGUACUAUGUCUGUGCAGGGCUGAUAGACUCUGCACAUAUACUGUCCUGGGUAAGUAGCGAUUUCAAUAACUUAUUGGUACAUAUGUAGGUACAGGAUUCAAUAAUAUGCUGUAAUACUAAAGGGAUGAUUUAUUACAUGGAAAAUGGCUAUUAAUCUGUAGGUGAAGAAUUGAUGGAUUUUGUGUAAUACUAUAUAGGUAUUGUUUACUGUGUAGGUAAAGAAUGAAUGUGCUGUAAUGUUAUAGGUAUGUUAUACUGUGUAGAUAAGGAAUAAAUAUGUUGUAAUGUUAUAGGUAUGUUUUAAUAUGUAGCUAAAGAAUGAAUGUGCUGUAAUGUUAUAGGUAUGUUUUAAUAUGUAGGUAAAGAAUGAAUGUGCUGUAAUGUUAUAGGUAUGUUUUAAUAUGUAGGUAAAGAAUGAAUGUGCUGUAAUGUUAUAGGUAUGUUAUAAUGUGUAGAUAAAGAAUGAAUGUGCUGUAAUACUAUAGAUAUGAUUUACUGUGUAGGAGAAUGAAUGUGCUGUAAUACUAUAGGUAUGUUAUACUGUGUAGGAGAAUAAAUGUGCUGUAAUACUAUAGGUAUGAUUUACUGUGUAGGAGAAUGAAUGUGCUAUAAUGUUAUAGGUAUGUUAUAAUGUGUAGAUAAAGAAUGAAUGUGCUGUAAUGUUAUAGGUAUGUUAUAAUGUGUAGAUAAAGAAUGAAUGUGCUGUAAUACUAUAGAUAUGAUUUACUGUGUAGGAGAAUGAAUGUGCUGUAAUACUAUAGGUAUGUUAUACUGUGUAGGAGAAUAAAUGUGCUGUAAUACUAUAGGUAUGAUUUACUGUGUAGGAGAAUGAAUGUGCUAUAAUGUUAUAGGUAUGUUAUAAUGUGUAGAUAAAGAAUGAAUGUGCUGUAAUGUUAUAGGUAUGUUAUAAUGUGUAGAUAAAGAAUGAAUGUGCUGUAAUGUUAUAGGUAUGUUAUAAUGUGUAGAUAAGGAAUAAAUAUGCUGUAAUGUUAUAGGUAUGUUAUAAUGUGUAGAUAAGGAAUAAAUAUGCUGUAAUGUUAUAGGUAUGUUAUAAUGUGUAGAUAAGGAAUAAAUAUGUUGUAAUGUUAUAGGUUUGUUUUAAUAUGUAGGUAAAGAAUGAAUGUGCUAUAAUGUUAUAGGUAUGUUUUAAUGUGUAGAUAAAGAAUGAAUGUGCUGUAAUGUUAUAGGUAUGUUUUAAUAUGUAGGUAAAGAAUGAAUGUGCUGUAAUGUUAUAGGUAUGUUAUAAUGUGUAGGUAAAGAAUGAAUGUGCUGUAAUGUUAUAGGUAUGUUAUAAUGUGUAGAUAAGGAAUAAAUAUGUUGUAAUGUUAUAGGUAUGUUUUAAUAUGUAGGUAAAGAAUGAAUGUGCUAUAAUGUUAUAGGUAUGUUGUAAUAUGAAGCUAAAGAAUGAAUGUGCUAUAAUGUUAUAGGUAUGUUUUAAUAUGUAGCUAAAGAAUGAAUGUGCUGUAAUGUUAUAGGUAUGUUUUAAUAUGUAGCUAAAGAAUGAAUGUGCUGUAAUGUUAUAGGUAUGUUUUAAUAUGUAGGUAAAGAAUGAAUGUGCUGUAAUGUUAUAGGUAUGUUAUAAUGUGUAGAUAAAGAAUGAAUGUGCUGUAAUACUAUAGGUAUGUUUUACUGUGUAGGAGAAUGAAUGUGCUGUAAUACUACAGGUAUGUUAUACUGUGUAGGAGAAUGAAUGUGCUGUAAUACUAUAGGUAUGAUUUACUGUGUAGGAGAAUGAAUGUGCUGUAAUACUAUAGGUAUGAUUUACUGUGUAGGAGAAUUAAUGUGCUGUAAUACUAUAGGUAUGUUUUACUGUGUAAGAGAAUGAAUGUGCUGUAAUACUAUAGGUAUGAUUUACUGUGUAGGUAAAGAAUGAAUGUGCUAUAAUGUUAUAGGUAUGUUUUAAUAUGUAGCUAAAGAAUGAAUGUGCUGUAAUGUUAUAGGUAUGUUUUAAUAUGUAGGUAAAGAAUGAAUGAAUGCUGUAAAACUAUAGGUAUUUUAUACUGUGUAUGAGAAGAAUGUGCUGUAAUACUAUAGGUAUGUUUUACUGUGUAGGAGAAUGAAUGUGCUGUAAUACUAUAGGUAUGUUAUACUGUGUAGGAGAAUGAAUGUGCUAUAAUACUAUUGGUAUGUUAUACUGUGUAGAUAAGGAAUAAAUAUGUUGUAAUGUUAUAGGUAUGUUUUAAUAUGUAGGUAAAGAAUGAAUGUGCUGUAAUGUUAUAGGUAUGUUAUAAUGUGUAGAUAAAGAAUGAAUGUGCUGUAAUACUAUAGUUAUUGUAUACUGUAUAGGAGAAUGAAUGUUCUGUAAUACUAUAGGUAUGAUUUACUGUGUAGGAGAAUGAAUGUGCUGUAAUACUAUAGGUAUGAUUUACUGUGUAGGAGAAUGAAUGUGCUGUAAUACUAUAGGUAUGAUUUACUGUGUAGGAGAAUGAAUGUGCUGUAAUGUUAUAGGUAUGUUAUAAUGUGUAGAUAAAGAAUGAAUGUGCUGUAAUACUAUAGUUAUUGUAUACUGUGUAGGAGAAUGAAUGUUCUGUAAUACUAUAGGUAUGAUUUACUGUGUAGGAGAAUGAAUGUGCUGUAAUACUAUAGGUAUGAUUUACUGUGUAGGAGAAUGAAUGUGCUGUAAUACUAUAGGUAUGAUUUACUGUGUAGGAGAAUGAAUGUGCUGUAAUACUAUAGGUAUGAUUUACUGUGUAGGAGAAUGAAUGUGCUGUAAUACUAUAGGUAUGUUAUACUGUGUAGGAGAAUGAAUGUGCUAUAAUACUAUCGGUAUGUUAUACUGUGUAGAUAUACUUUACUCUGUAGGUAGAGAAUGAAUGAAUAUGCUGUAAUACAAGUAUGCUUAUUUAUGAAGGUAAAGAAUGGAGCAUAAACAAUUAUGUAUGCUGAAUGUAUAUACUGUAUUGUGUAGGUACAUGAUGGACUGUACAGUAUACAAAAAUAUGGCUAAAUGUGAAUGAAUGCAUCGUGGUAAUAUUAAAGGACCACUUUAGUGCCAGGAAAACAUACUCGUUUUCCUGGCACUAUAGUGCCCUGAGGGUACCCCCACCCUCAGGGACCCCCUCCCGCCUGGCUCUGGAAGGGGGAAAGGGGUAAAAACUUACCUUUUUCCAGCGAAGGGCGGGGAGCUCUCCAAAUCCGAUCCUCCUUCUCUCCUCCCCGUCGGCUGCUUUCAAUGCUUUCCUAUGGACACUGGCGUGCUCUCACUGUGAUUUUCACAGUGAGAAGCACGCAAGUGCCUCUAGCGGCUGUCAAUGAGACAGCCGCUGGAGGCUUUGGGGGAAGGCUUAACCCAUUUAUAAACAUAGCAGUUUCUCUGAAACUGCUAUGUUUAUAAAAAAAAUGGGUUAACCCCAGCUGGACCUGGCACCCAGACCACUUCAUUAAGCUGAAGUGGUCUGGGUGCCUAGAGCGGUCCUUUAAGUUUAUGCUUGUAAAUAAGUAGCUUUGGUUAUUAACUACUAGAGAUACAGCAGUGUUGAUAUGUUAUUUAGCUCAAUGACAGCAAUACUUCAUUGCACAUUAUCUGUGAAGCAUAUUCACUAAACUCCAGAUUUUAGCAAAUUAGAUCCAAAUUGCAAAAUUCAGGCAAAAGUAGCUGAUGUGAAUACAUUUUCCAUCUCAGCUUAAAUGUCUUAGCCUCUAUGUUAUAAUUCUGAUUGUAUCUGUUACAUUGUGAAUGUUACUCUGAAUUUCUUAUAUUAUAAGGUUACAAGUCCAUUGUAUAUAUUUACAGGUAUAGCACAGGUAGCCCAUCAUGUCUAGCCAGCCUUUUGGAGGCCCUUUCAUACAGAGUCUUUUUGCACAUUAUCACAGGCACUAGAAGUUAAUGAAAUACACAUUUUAAUAUGAACCCUGAUCUUCUGAUUACUGAUAUUGAUAUUUAUUUAAACUAAGUAGUGAAUUGUAUUAAAUUGAACCAAACUGCAAAAUGUAGACCACAAUGGAGGCUUUGACUUGUAAACAAUUAUAAUAUCCCAUUCUUUCUGUUUGCAUUUGAAAAUGUUAUUAGUGAAAUAAAAAGCAUUACCCCUUCUCUGCUGCACUUUUUUGAUUGAUUUUUUUUUUUUGCACAACGUGUAUUUGAAGCAAGGGAUGCAUAGCUAGCAUAUAAACAUAUAAUAAUGCAGCAAUUUUGUGUAUCGAUUGCUUUGCAGACAAAAAUAUCAAAUAAAGUUAUGUAAAUUUGCCCUGAAAGUAUUACUAGGAAUUCAGCUUACUGAAAAUGGAAACAGAAUCUGAAAGGAAUGUCAUUAUUUUUGCUUAAUGCACACAUACAGUCAAAUCAUAUAUGCACAAAAUAAAUGUAUUUAAAACAGGUGUAGCAAUUUCUAUCACUCUCUGGAAAGUUAAUAUAAUGCUGACAGUGAAAUGGUAGAGUCCAUUCACUCCUCUCCCUUACCUGACUGUAGGAAUGAUAUGACCCAUUGAAACAGCCAUUCCUUUACUUUUUGGAAGCAGGGGAUAAGGUAGGUUACAUUUUCACCAAACUUGUAGGCAUUAUAUCAGUGGCUACUAGCAUAGAGAUGUGUUCCUCUGCAGUAGGUGUGGGCAACUUUCGGCACUCCAGAUGUUGGGGACUACAUCUCCCCUGAGGCUUUGCCAGCAUUAUGACUUGAAGGGCAUUACUGAAGAUAUAGUCCACAACAUCUGGAGUGCACUGCAGGCUGGUAAUCAUUCCUAGAGUAGACAUGAGGGUAAAUGGGUCUUUGUGAUCUGAUGGGGUUUUUAACUAAAAUCCUGUACCAAAUGGGGCAAAACCACCCAGCUGCAUAUUGGGCCAUUUGGACUGCAAGCUAUAACGCUAUUUACCAAUGUCUAGAUGUUGCAAUUCAGGCUGUCGCAUGGUUGAAAUAUGAACUAUUUGCCCGGUUGCAGCAGUAGCAGCCAAAAAGCAAACCAUUAAUCUUCAGCAAUAAGAAGGUUGCCAGCAGCCAAAGAAAAAAAAAAAAUAUCCUAUUGAGGUCAAUAAGAUCCCCAUAUUACUAUUAGGGCAGAUGGGGGCAUAACAGCUUAAUGUUUCAAACUAGUGACUGGGCAGCCAUUAAUAUGGCUCUGCAUUUUUUUUUUAAAUAUCUAUGUUUUGUGAAUCUUCCAAAACCUAUACUUUAAAUAGGAUUCGGAUACAAAGAACUGAUUUUAAUCUGAACACUGAAUGCAUCUGAGCGAUUGCUGCAGGAUCGUUCGGGCCGACCGAAUUCGGUAAUUUUCACUGGAUUUCAGUGAAUAACCCUGUGAAUUUCAUAUUACAAAAUACAAAUCUUAAUUGUAGAAAAUAAAACCGUUUCUACUCAAUUUUUUUUUUUUUUUUUGUACAUAAGAGUUUUUCACAUGUUUUAGAACUAUCACAUGUGGCUGAUCAUUGUAUCUCUCUAAAAUUGAUCUGAUGUAUGCUGGAUUUUAAAAGCCACAUUGUUAAUUUUAGAGAAUCAUUGUGAGGGCCGACUGCACAUUUUGAACACUUGCCUCACUGCUCCAAUCAAGAACCUCUACUGGCUGGCUGAGUUUUCACAGAAAAUGCAGUGUUUACAGUGCUGAGAUUUCAGGGACAAUGUACAUCAAAACAAAAAAUACUACAUGAAGCUGAAGUGGUUCUGGUGUUAAGUAAGUUUUUGUCCUAUCUCCACCCACUCAUAACCUUUAUACUGACCUAUUAAUGGGAUAAAACAAUGUAAAAAAAAUUUACCCCAUAGAGCUCCUUAUUUUUAUUUUAUAGGUCAACCUUUUCCAAAGAAAUAGGGGAGACUGUAACAUGCAAGCAUUGCUAUAGUAACGUGGACACCAAUCAUUUGAAGCCACUCCAAUAUGCAAACGGUCAAUGGUGUAUGACAGGCGAGUGACUAAGAAUAAAAUUUUUUUUUAAAAAUCAAGAAAACUAUACAAAAUGAGAACAAAAACAAAAAGAGAGAGGAAAGAAAUGUAUAAAAGAAAAUAAAAUAGAACUUAAACUAAAUGUAAAAAAGAAAAGGGUAAAAGCAUUCAAAUGGUAUUGAAUAAUAGUAGGGGAAACCUUAGCCUAAGCAGAAUGGUUUGAUAUGGUUUUUAACAUAAUCCAUUUACAUUAAAGGACCACUAUAGUCACCCAAACCACUUCAGCUCAAUGAAGUGGUCUGGGUGCCAGGUCCCCCAGGUUUUAACCCUUCAGAUGUAAACAUAGCAGGGUUAAUCCAGCCUCUAAUGGCUGUCUUCCUAGCCGCGCAUGCGCAUUCGGCUCCACUCAGGAGCUGACGUUGGAGGGGGAGGAGAGGUCACCAGCACCGAAGGAGCCCGGCACUGGAUAAAUGUAUGUGGCUGAAGGGGUUUCAAUCCCUUCAGCCCAGUGGGAGGGGGGCCACGAGGGUGGGGGGACCUAAGUAUUACAUAGUGCCAGGAAAACAAGUUUUUUUUUUUCUGGCACUAUAGUGGUCUUUUAAAACAGAAAAUAUUCAAUGGUUUUAUUAAGCGGCUGGAUUUUUUAAAUUUAUUUGAAUGUCAUACUAGUGGAAAUUUCGAGUUAUGUGGGUAUGUGUAAAUAUGUGCACAGUGUAUAUUUGAAUAUUUUAAGCAAGAAGGCUGUCAAACAGCUGUGGAAAUUACAGAUGGUUAAAGAGGUGUGAAAACUGCCACAAAACUGUUAAUAUUAGACAAAUUCCACCAUACUCAUAGUUUACAAUAAAUAAAUCUAUCUGUCCCUUGUCCUGUUCAUGUCACAGAUAUCUGAUAAAGGGGAAAGGGAAAUCUGUACUGUGGUGAAAAUUUCCGCCACUAUCUCUUGACUAUCUCUUGACUGCUAUUAUUUACGACCCUCACCGCCUUCCUCGCUAAUGAGAGUUUAUACCGGUAUAAUAUAUAUUUCUCCGAGUUGUUGGUUGUGGUAAAUUAUGCAAUGGUUCUGAGUGGAAUGUAAUAAAACAUGAGUAGCAGGGAAUUCCUAUUCUUCUUUAGAAAGAUGUAGCCAAGUGUUCUAUUAACGGAACACUUCAUGCACCAUAACCACUGCAGUUAAAUGGUGUACAGUUGCUUGUCUGGUAAUUUCACCAUAGAAAAUUUUUGUCUUUCAUUGCAGCGAUAUUGGUUCUUUCAACCUAAAAUAAAAGAUUAAAAAAACUAAUAGUGCAGAUCAAUAAAAUAAGCAAAUUGAUAUGUUGAUAUAGGAAUAAAACUCACAAGAAAGGAGUGGACACAAUCAGGCAUAGGGAGGAAGAAGGUGGAUCCUACAGAGCUUCCUUGAUCGAAAAUAAUCAUUAUUCAAAUUCAAAUAGGAGCAGAAUGAAAUGGUGUGAACAGAAUAGCUUUUUUGUGUCUUCCCCUCUUUUAAUUUGAAUUAUUUUGUAAGGUUUGUAUUUACUUUUGUAUUACACAGCCGUGUUACAAUGCUGCUGCACGCCCCAAGUACCGUAUUAAGGGUUAAUAAGUAUGCUACGGUUUGCAAAAAUACCCCUCUCUCUCUCAUUAGAGAUUUCACCUUUUAGCUGAAAAAUGCAAGAUCAUUUGUUAGUGUAGGAAUCACCCAAGAGUUUUUAUAAUGCCUUUUAUAUUGUAACAAUAAUGUCCUAUUGAUACUAGUAACUAGUGAAAAAUCUAUUCUCCAAGAGACACUGUAACUCACAAACACUCUUGUUUGUGAAAAAUGGCAAUGUUUGCAUUUAUCACUAAGGAUGCCUUUAGCUGCUGUAAAUCAAACUGUCCAUAACUGAACAUCUUGAUGUUAUGCAUCACCACCAUCACAACGCUGUGAAAUGCUUCUCAUACAGCACAUGAAAGUGUCCAAGUGCUUCUCUGUGAGAAGCAUUUGACAGACCCUAGAUCAUUGGUUAGGAUGCUGUGCAUGUCGAGAGUGGGAACAGUUGAUUUUAAUCUCUUUUUAUUUAAAAAUGUCCCAGUAACCUAAACAUGCAGAGGAACACACUAACAUUAUAAAUAAAUGUAUUUGUUUAUAAUAUUAGUGUUCAUUUAGUACCAAAUUAUACAGUAAAAACUAUAAUAAUUUUCCAUGAUAUAUUUAGUUACAGGCUGUGCAAUUUGCAUGGUUCAGUGAAUGGUCGAUUCAGGUGUCCAUCACAGGACAAGGAGCUUUAGCUUUGAAUGAGACGCUACUACACUCUGCAGCCUGAAAAAAGCAGGUAAAUAUCAUUUUUUCUUCUUCUUCAUAUUAACCUGCUUCUUUUUUCUUAUGCUUUCCACACCCACUCAAGGAGGGACACUUUUCUAAAUAUCAGUGUCCUAUCCCUAGGAAUGCUGGAAAAGUGUAUUGAGCGUUCACACAUGUGCAGAUGGAAGAUUACUUCACUUUGCAACAUCCUGACAGGGGGAGAAGAGCGUAAUCAUUGUAAUCAUGCAGAGUAGGCUCCGGCGUAGGGUUUCUCUCUCCUGCUGCAUAAUGGUGCCCUGUUUUUGUUUUUAUUAUUUGUCAUUAUUGGACUGGUCUGAAACGGAGAUUGGGAGAUGGAGGCUGAAGAAACUGCACUAGCUGAAAGGAGUGCCCAACAAUACCAUCUGAUAAAGUUGGUGCGUUUCUAAAGGUUUAUGACCUACAUUUCAAUGUCUUUAUUGCUUUGCUGUGGCCUGUAUAUUUGUUUAAAAGUGUUUGCUUGCUGGUUUAAACAAAAAAAAUUAUUGUCAAGCGAUGCAUGUCUUUUUAAUGAUAAACGGGAAAGGGAGGCAUUUACUGAACAGAUCUUCUCAUCAGCAUCCCGCAAAACCACAUGUUUAAUAGUAACCACGACCGUGAUAAUAUUAUCUGAUAAACUGUCUUUUUUCAUCUAAGUCUAGAUUGUCAUCGGUUGCCAUUGUGGACAUUGAUGUAGCAUAGGUGGGCAAAGGUUAAAUCAGUGUGUAGGUAGGUCACCUUUGACAACACAGAGAGACAGCAUGGGCGCUCUGCUAGCAUUUGGAUGACCAAUUUCAUAAGGUCUGUGUUUCUUAACCACCGAGAAAAACGUUCAAAUCUUGUCAGCAGGAAGCUGCUUUGGUCAUAGCUAUAAAUAUGAUUGUAUAUGUUUCCUGUGCUUGCAAUCCAUAGUAUACAGGAUGUGAAUUCUGCAGGAGGUAGAUAUGAAUGUACACAGCACAGUUUACGACAGGUAUGUCUAACCUCAGAGCUACAAACAUUUGUAAAUGUCAGUUCCCACAAAGGCUGCCUUAGCAUUGUGAGACUUGCAGUUUAAAUGUCGCUGUAUUGCUGAGAUGAGCCAGUAACAGUUUAGUGAAUGUGCUAACCAGGGCCAGAUUAAGAGCCCAGUGGGCCUGGUGCUGACAAAUAUGAGGGGCCUAAUUACAGAAUCUUAUCGACCAAAAACACUAAAACAGUCAUACCUCUCAAGCGUUAUGUAUCUGGUGGAGAUGGUGCCAGAGGGAAACUCAUAGGAUGCAGCUAUAAGAAAAUGCAGAUUUUCUUAAAAUAUGCUAAUCUCUCUCUAAUUAAUGCUUUCAUCUUUCAAGUAAAUCCAUUCCCCCUAACAGCAGUGUCCAGUGAAGCAGGAAGUCAAUGGGCGGUGUAAAAGGGUGGGCUACUGACACGAAUCACGUGACCAGAACUGCCAAAAGGAGCAACAGUGCCCAAAAAGGGGGCAUGUCUGCCCAAAGAAUUGGAAGGCCAGCCUGGCAUCAGUGUCCCUAUGUAUCACAGUGUCAGUGUCCCCAUGUCACUCAGUCCACUAGUCUCCAGGUGUCUGUGUCCUCAUUGCUCCCAGUGUCCCCAUGUCUCAGUGUGUCCUGUGUCACUAGGAUACUCAGGGACACUGAGAGACAUGGGGACACAGUGAGACAUGGGGACACAGUGAGACACUUGGGGACACUGGGAGACAUGGAGACAUGGGGACACAGACAUUUGGGGACACUAAGAUACUAGGGACACUGAGAAACAUGGGAACACAGACACUGGGAGACUAGAGGACACUGGGAGACAUGGGGAGACUGAGACACUAGGGACACUGGCUGGGAGGCAUGGGAACACAGACACUUGGGGACACUGGGAGACUUGGGGACACUGAAACAUUUGGGGGCAUUGGGACACUAGGGAUACUGAAAGACAUGGGGACACUGACACACUGGCUAGGAGACAUGGGGACACUGGGAGACAUGGGGGCACUGGGAGCUAUGGGGACACUGAGAGACAUGGGAACACAGACACUGGGAGACUAUAGGACACUGGGAGCCAUGGGGACACUGAGACACUAGGGACACUGGCUGGGAGACAUGGGGACACUGGAAGACAUGGAGACACUGUGUCAUUAGUGUCUCCGUGUUCCAAUGUGUCUCUCAAUGUCCCUAUGUCUCCCAGUGUCCCCUAGUGUCUCAGUGUCCCAAUGUCUCCCUGCAGCCUUUCCCCUCAUCCCUCACUUCCCUAUGCUGUAGGCUGUCUCUGCAGGUUGGGAGCUGCUGUCUGAACUCUCUGUGCUGUGUAGCUGCUCCCCCGUGGAUCAGUGAGUAGAGAGAGGCAGGGAGGGAGAUGCUGUAACUUCAUAUCCCUGCCUCUCUCCACACACGCAGUGACCCCUACUGGCCGGCGCUGAUAUUGCAGAGUAAUCUCUGUUUAUACUGAGAAAAAUAUCUGCAUUUGUAUUGCCGGUAUUACUGCAAUACCGGCACGGCCAGGCAGCCUCUAAUACCAUCUGUGCCAGUAAAAUACCAGUCAGAUGGCAAACCUAAGAGUAGAGUGUUAAAAAAAAAAAUGUACAAAAAAAAAAGGUUUUUUUUUUUUGUUUUUUUUAAAUGGGCCUGGGCCUGGAGCUGCAGCUCUAUCAGCCCCUAUGUUAAUCCGGCCCUGGUGCUAACGCUGUAAAAUGUGUUAACCUUAACCGUAUUAAGUAUCUUAAGUGAUACCCAGCACAGUGAUAUAGUGAAACAUAUACAAAGUUAAGAGCUAAAAGAAAUAUGCUGUGUUUUAGUGUGCCAAGAAAACAUGCAACAACAAAAAGGAGGGGGGUGAGAGGAAAUGAUAAUGAAUUUUUGGUGGUUUGUGUUUCUGGAAUAUUCCCGUGAAGUUAUUUGGAAACUAAAAUAACAAAAGAAAACCAUUUUCUGCUUAAUUGCCCGAGCUGGAUCUUUGAGAAGGAAAAAAAAUAAGACAAGAUGAGAUCCCGGUCGUUUAAAGUUUACCUUAAAUUAGAGGUUUUUAAUAUUUAAAUGAUUUAAUAAUUUCAAUGUGAAAUUGCAAUAUGACCACAAAAAUGUGUGCAUUAAUUAAUUAUUGAAUAUGCGAUGAAUCAUUAUAUUUAAUAUUAUAUUUUAUUAGUAAUAUUUACGUAUCACAGUGAGUUUAUUGCCUCAACUAUUGCAUUUACAUUUUUUAAUAUGUUAGUACUUGGAAUUAACGUGGAGCUAAGUUCCAUUGUAGUUACCUGGUAGGAGUAGGUGUUAUUAUUAGAUGAUGUUAUAUAAUAUUGUCAGAGUACACCUUUGCAGGAGACACUAUUCACUCUGUCUAUUGAGGCUGCUCCUUGUUACGCCAUUCUCCUGUUUGCAUUGCACUAACAGUAUCAUGGUGGGUAGAAGUGGGCUUCCCUUCGAUUACACAUGGCAUCAUUGCAAUCACCAAACAUCUCAAAGUGACGCAUAAGUCAAACGAAGCCACAGACCUCCUUAGAUGACACGUUUAUUGCACAAGUGACUGGAGGAGGGUCUUUAUUAUCAGCGAGAGGGGAGCACCCUGAUGACAUGGGCAAUUACAGUGUGCCCAUAACGGCAUGGCAUGGCCUAUUUUAACUAUUAAAGUGGCUCUGUCACUCUCUGGGAUCACCUUCUGGGGAUAUAUAGCAAAAACUCCAAUGGGGAUAAGAAAGACCCUGUAGGCUCUCCCUGAACAAGGGACCAUAUUGUUUUUUUGUUCAAAGAAACCAAUGUUUUUUUCAAGCAUAGCUUUGCUGGUAGUCAUUUUGGCGUUUACUCUAAACUUGUAUCUCAUGAUAUGAUAUAAAUUAUGCAAUUGUCACAGCAUAGAUCUUUUUUUUAAAUGUAUGCCUUAUUGCAAUAUUCUUGUCUUAAUUCUCUGGAUUAUAUCCUUUGCACCUUUGCCUGGAUUUGGCCUGGGGCUUGGGCGGGUGUCACCCCUUAAUACGUCCUCUCUCUAUUCCUGGUUAAUUAUGUUUACAGAAGUGGUGCAUUCUGACGCAUACUGGACUAUAUACCUCUGCAGCUGAGUUUUAGGAUUCAUGGCUGUUUUGCCAUAAUUUUUCCUGGAUAUAUAGAGCCCUCCGCUGAAUGGGCAAUUAUAGACAUUAUAAGGGUUACUAAAGUGAAUUCAAAGCAAAUUUCUAAGUCAAGGUACUGAACUGGAUACGUUCGCUAACUCAGUUCGGCUACUUUGGCCUUAAAUUUAAAAUUUACUUCGAAUUCACUUUGAAUUCUCACUUUAGCAAAUAAUCCUGUAAGAGUUUCACUGAUUAACUAACAACUACAGUACAGGCUGUAGUGGUCUCAGAGAUACAAAUGAUUAACAAUUGUAACCCUAAAAGAGAUUUUUAAUGUUUGUUUUUUCAUAACUGCUUUAUAGAAAUGUAGAAUGUUACGGCAGAUAAGAGCCAUUCGGCCCAUCUAGUCUGCCCAAUUUUCUUAAUACUUGCAAUCUCAAAAUAAACUGUAAUAUUAAUGUCUUUUUCCUUCAGAACACCACCAUGGCCUGUGAGGAGAUCUCUAGUUUUCCUGCAACAAUCACGAGGCAGGGUUCUAGCGCAGGUUCAUCUCUGGAUUUCGAGCCUAAGCAGGAAUACCAAUUUGUUGAAAAGUUGCAAGACCGAUAUAAGUGUGCAAGAUGCCAUUUGGUUCUUCACAAUCCUCACCAAACGGGAUGUGGUCACAGGUUUUGUGAGCAAUGUGUCUUGGGUUUGAGGUGGGAUUUCACAGAUCUGUUACUUCUAAUUCCUAAUCCCAACAUCAUUCUCUGUUACCAAACAUUCUGUACUGAAUAACCCUACAACACCUUCUUUUAAUUCCUAAUCCCAACAUCAUUCUCUGUUACCAAACAUUCUGUACUGAAUAACCCUACAACACCUUCUUUUAAUUCCUAAUCCCAACAUCAUUCUCUGUUACCAAACAUUCUGUACUGAAUAACCCUACAACACCUUCUUUUAAUUCCUAAUCCCAACAUCAUUCUCUGUUACCAAAUAUUCUGUACAGAAUAACGCUACAACUGUUUCUUCUAAUUCCUAUUCCCAACAUCAUUCUCUGUUACCAAACAUUCUUGAUUGAAUAACCCUACAACUGUUUCUUCUAAUUCCUAAUCCCAACAUCAUUCUCUGUUACCAAACAUUCUGGACUGAAUAUACAACAUACCAGCAGGUAAAAUUGAUUGAAUAAACCUCACAUUGGGCUAUCCUCAGUGCUUUCAUUAGGCGAUAAUGGUUUCAGUAUUCUGGACAUCAAAGGAACUUUCUAUUGAUUUUUUUUCUUCAUUUCAGUAUAUAGGAAAGGGUUAGCAAUGUCACCACACCUGGCUGGGGAAUACACAAAUCAGAGGCUUCUUAUUGCUGGAGCUGUCAGUGUGCAUGCAAUGUUCAGCUUUCCUAUGAAUCUCAAUUGGCUGUCCUACAGCGCCUUGACAAGGGGGGGAGGCAGGUGCACACUAGCCUAGCACACCUGCCACUUCCUGUAGCUCCGUAGGGCUGACGGAAUCAUAAGGAAAUCUCCCGGCUGUUUGAUUGACAGAUUUCUGUUGAAAUCUGAACUUUUAUAAACUGUUACAAACAUGACACAUGAAGCACUUCUGCAAGCCAGAGUGUCCCUUUGAGGUUCUCCUGGUCUAUUAUACCAGUGGCUCCAAAACCACAAAACCAAGGUUCAUGCAUCCUCAGUGGUCUAUGUAUAAUCAAGAUCUCUUGUGAAUCACUAAAUCCUGAGCAAAAGACACACAUAUGAUUGUUUAAUAUUAUGUGAAAGAGACAUUUUAUUACUCAACUUUAUUACUGUAUUUACUUGAAUCUAGUGCUCCCCCUUAUUGGCAAAAUAAAGUCUCCAAAAUUUGAAUGUGCAUUAGAUUCUAGUUAGAUUUCUAACAAAAAGGAAAGCACAUUACAAUAAAUACAAACCGUGCAUGCGUACUACUGUCUCUUCCUUACCUAGUUGCUCCUCACUUUACAACAUGAUCGGAUAAUGACCGCUUGGAGAUAUGACGGGCAUACAACAUACAUUUGCACGGGCGAAAUUUGCAUUGCUGCGUCAGGGAUGCAUGACUUGGAUUCUGUGCUGUACCUCGUAGCUCGCACCAGUAGUAUCAUCUUGUACAAAUGCGCAUUAGAUUAGCAAGUGAACAUAUUAUUAUUCAGAUUACACUAUGUGCUUUUUUAUGUUUAUUUCAUACAGGAAAUUAAACAUUGUUGUUAUUACCAAGUGAUAUAUAAAAAGGUAAAAAGAACUCUCGUGGGCGCUGAUCACCUUACCUUUUACGUAUCAUAUUUGAAGUGUAUUGGAGUUGACAAUACACUUGGGUGAUUUUUUUCUAGCAGCAUCUAGUUGAUAUUUUCUUAGCGCCACUUAUUCCUUCUCAGGUUUUAUCUUGUUUGAAAGCAUUUUUCAGUUUCUAGGUUUUAAAAUUUGGGUCUGGUCUCUUAAAUAGGGAGUAACACUACUUGAUACUUUUGUGUUUCAUUUUUUUUACAUGCAAAAUAUCAUGAUUUAAUUCCACUUCUUUAAGAUCUACUUAAAAAAAAAAAAAAGUCUUGAUCUAGCUGUAGUUUUUUGCCAGAAAAAAAAAAAGAAAACACAAAUAUUGGGCUGGGAGAGAGAAACUUCAUAAAUAGACAUAAAUAGAUAUUAGAACAAAAUAGCCACCUAUAAAACACCAGUUUUACCUGAAGGGGUAUAUGCUAGUGCUGGAGGGUCUUAUAGGCAUGGUCCUAUGCUAUUCUAGAAAGUCUAAGGGUUUGUUACAGCUUGUGAAAUGAUUUCAAAAUAUUCUCUAAACAGCAAGUAAUUCAAUUUGUUUUCUACAGAAAGCUUCCAAUUGCUGUUGGAACAUCCUCACAUCAAGCAUUUGAACCACCAGUGAUCAGUCUUAGUGCAGAUCAAUGAUUCCGUGUGCAUGUUAGCUUUAGCAUCAUGACGAUGCAUUGCACCUACAGCUUCCUGGCUUGGGUUGUGUAAAGGUUACUAUACAUGGGUGUCUGUGUGUACGUUAACUGUGCAAAGACUAUUAUUCUACUGUCUGUGACACAAGACUGUCACCUUUUCAUAGUAAAAUAUGCAUAGCAACACAUCAGUGUAGUGGUUAUGGUGCUUGGAGUGUUCUUUUAAGUGGUAAACAGCGUGUAGGAUAUUUAAUACAUAUCAAAUUCCAAAUUAAUGUGCACUUUCCAUUUGUUUUUGUUUUUUUGUGUAGUGAACUAUAUGAAACACCAGAGUGCCCGAUUGAUAAGGAAAUCAUUAAUCCAAAGGAGGUAAAAUAAACUAAAUAUCCCUCCGUACUUUAUCAUUUGUAUAUUUGGCCAUUACAGCUGGGGGUUUACCACGCUGUAUACUGCAGUGGUUAUGGUGGCAGGAGUGCCCUGGUGCCUUCCCAUUGUAAGCAGUAAAACCGUUUUAGAACAGUUUCACUUUUCAUCUGCUGUCCGCCAGACGCCUCUCCAUGACGUCUCUACAGCCUUCAGUAGAGCCAAAUCCUCUGUAUCUGAGCUAAGUCCAGCAGUGCAGGGCUUGCUUUAUUGGUUUAGUAUGAUCAGAUGACGCUCUCAGCCAAUGUUGCGUUGCCGGGCUUAGCUCAGGAGAGCCAGGUAAGUUAAACUGUUCAAAUAUAAAUGGGGGAGGGGGCAGUAGGAUGAUCCUGGCACCAUAACUGCUUCAGCACACUAUAGUGGUUAUGGUACUUGGGGUUUUCCUUUCAAUAGGGUUAUUGCUGUCAAUUAGCAAUAUUUUCUUGAACUUCGUAGGGCCUUUGGCAGAGAAGCACCUGCCCAGAUUAGCCAAUGAGUCGACUGCCUUGGUAGUAGUAAACUUAGUUAUUCAAAUUUAUGUUGGGAAUUCAAAAAUGAAUUUCAAAAUUUUAUUGAUAUUAUUUAUUUUCUUUACUACAUUUAGAAUUUGAAUCUUUAGCUCAAAGUUAACAAAUUGCAAUAAUUAUCCAAUCUGCCGUGUUCUAAGUUUGGCUAUUUUGGCAUAAUUUAAAAUUCGCUUUGAAUUCCCAACAUUUCACACUGCAAUGAAUAAAUCUGAUUUUGUGUCUGGGAAUUGCCAUCUCUCUCUUCAGUAAAUAGACCUAACAAACUGUUGACUGAACUUUGCUCACGUUAUGCUAGAGUUCACCAACUCCGGUUAGUAGUGAUAGGAGACACUACAAAAUCAGAACCUCUGUUACUGUUUCAUCUCAUUAAUGUAAUUAUAGUAUCUGGAGUCCCCUGGUGCCGGCCUUCCAUUCAGCGCUAAACAAUUUUUAAUGUUUUAUUGCUAAAAGAGAGUCUUCUGAAGUCGGUCCACACUGUGAUGGUUGGGUGUAUAAGGAAACAUUAGCCUAAGCUGCAGUAGAUGGCUGUGAUGGCUGAGAGCGUCAGCUGACUGCUUUCAUUCUAUCACAGCGCCAAUUACUGCUGUGAAUUGGUAUGGCUAGAAGGAAGUGUGUGAUCCAUUUUUCCUAGCCAUACCUCCAGUAGGGGGCAUGUUUGGCCAGGGACCUGUAAACUGCUUGAAAAUAGUUUAUCAGGAGUGAAUGGAGUGAACAUGUUAGGGAAAUCCAAGCACUAUAACCAAUUCAAUGAGAUGUUGCAGUUACAGUGUCUACAAUGUCCCUUUAAUAUAGGCACAUAAAUUAGUAAUCAAAAAAUGGGUUUUAUUUCCAUUUAACAAAAUAUUCAGCUUCCUGCUUGGUAUUCUACUCUAAAGCAGCCACACUUACCUUAAUGUGCAAAUACAUUCUCAGGUUUUCAAAGACAAUUGCUGUAAAAGAGAAGUUCUAAAUCUACAAGUCUUUUGCAAGAACACACCUGAUUGUGAUGUGAAUGUAACACUGGGAAGAUACCAGGUAUGGAAGAGUGUGCCAAUCACAAUAAUUAUUAUUAUUUAUAUUGCACCAACAAAUUCCACAGCGCUGUACAAUGGGUGGACGUACAGACACGUAUUUGUAACCAGACAAGUUUGACGCAUAGGAACAGAGAGAUUGGGGGCCCUGCUCGAUGAGCUAACAUGCUAGAGGGAGUGGGGUAUAGUGACACAAAAGGUAAGGGUAGAGUAGAAAAGUAGAUUUCUAGGAUAGUAUUCACUGAGGGCUUAGUGUUUUGGUGACAGUUGCAGGAGAGGAAUCGGGGUGCAAGGUUUCAAAGAUUUCAAGAAGUAAGUUUUCAAAGAUUUUUUAAAGGAGUGGAGAUUGGGUGAACGUCUAACAGAGAGGGGAAGGGCGUUCCAUAGGAAUUGUGCAGCCCUAGAGAAGUCUUUAAGGCGAGCAUUAUAAGUAGGAGUACGAACAGACGCUAGACGUAGGUCUCCGGCAGUAGCGUAGGGGCCUAGACGGGACAUAUUUGUGUAUUAAUGAGGAUAGGUAGGUUGGGGCAGCAUUGUGUAGAAAUUUGUAAACAAGUACCACGAUCUUAAAUUGAGCCCUGCAUCUUACGGAAAGCUGACAGAGAGGGUAGGUGUGGGAGGUGCGGGCGGACAGGAACGAUUCUCUCACAAUAUUAAUACAGUUUGUUUUUUUCCACAUCACAGACAUAUUUUUCAAGUGGAUAAACUCAUGAAACCUCUCUGAUACAAUACAUAAAACAGUUUCUACUACAUAUUUACAGUUAGUUUAAUGUGUCCCACAGGACUGAACAAGAGCUUUCUGCCGAUUAAGUAAAUGAUUAUAACUCAUUUUGUUUGGUAAGGCUAUAAGGUCAGAUUCUGUGGGCCUGGCCAUAAUAAAAUAAUGAUCUCAUAGAAUUUUGACUAGGGAGCUAUCCAGCCUACGCAGGUCCAUUAAAACCCUCACCAAACCCCAAAACUUGGUUGGAGUAAAUGAAAUAUGGAAGAAAAGAGCUAGCUCACAGCUAAUAGUAAUAACAUCAGUUGUACAUCUUGUUUCAUCCUAUAUAAAGCCCCUAAAAAUAUAUUACAACUCAUACUUUAUCUUUCAUUAUUCCAGUUUCACUUUGGUGCAGAAGGGGUUUUAUGGGAGAGGUCCACUUUCAGUGAGGUUAUUAGUCUUUGUUAUCUAUACAAUACAGAAUUUUUUUUUUUUUUUUUAGAAAUGAAUGAUUGUAGUGAUUUGCUUGUCUGUAAUUUUGUGAGUAUGUGUAUAUAUUUGCGUGUAUGGUUUCCCUAAAAGAAGAAGAAAGCAGAACCUGUGAGUAUAAGUGGAUAUUAUUAUACUUUGUAUACACAGGAUCAUCUUGCCCAGUGCAUGUACGAGCCCAUCCAAUGCAUCAACGUAGGAUGCCAUGACACAAUGCCUCGAAGGGAUUUAAAGGACCAUCUAGACACGCAAUGUAAAUUAAGAGAGGAACUGUGCACAUACUGCAAGCAAAGCAUGGCAUCUGUGAACCUGAAGGUAAAACCAAGAUACAAACAGAUACAUUAUAAUCAUUGCAAAAAUGUCUUCACGUUCUUACACAUACAAAAAGGCAACUUUCCAUGAAGGAGAUCUGUGGUUUCAUUGUAAGUCACUCUAGUUAUUAGAGGUGAAACAUCAAUGUAACCAAUGCCGGGCAUUUUACUGCUGAUAGCAGUUAGAAACACAAAAAAAUAUAUACCGUAUUUAUCGGCGUAUAACACGCACCGGCGUAUAACACGCACCUCAUUUUAAGAAGGAAAUUUCAGGGAAAAAAAACUUAAAGGACCACUAUAGUGCCAGGAAAACGGUAUGUUUUCCUGCAGCACUGCCAAAUUUCCUUCUUAAAAUGAGGUGCGUGACCUACCCUCGGACCCCCUCGCCGGGCUCUGGAGAGAGGAAGGGGUUAAACACUUACCUUUCUCCAGCGCCGGGCAGGGAAACUGUACUCCUCCUCUCCUCCUUGCUGGCGGCGUCAUCGGCUGAAUGCACCGCAGCGGCAGGAGCAGCGCGCGCAUUCAGCCGAUGCGCCAGGGAAAGCAUUUACAAUGCUUUCUAUGGGCAGCUUUAGAUGCUUUCUCUCACUGUGAUUUUCACGGUGAGAAGCAUAGCGCCUCUGCACUGGCUUUGUCAAUGAGACGGCCACUGAAACUUUCUGGAGGCUUCUGGAUUAACCCUCAGUAUAAACAUAGCAGUUUCUCUGAAACUGCUAUGUUUAUAUAUUAAAAAAAAAAAAAAAAAGUUAAUCCUAGAGGGACCUGGCACCCAGACCAAUUCAUAAAGCUGAAGUGGUCUGGGUGCCUAGAGUGGUCCUUUUAAAUUUCAAAUAAAGAACUUCUUACUUCCCCUUCCCCCUCUUACCCCUUCUUACUCCCCCUCCCCCUCUUCUUACUUCCCCCUCUUACCCCUUUCUUACCCCCCUCCCCUCCCCCCUCUUCUUGCCCCCCCUCCCCUCUUGCCCUUUCUUACUCCCCCCCUCUUCUUACCCCCCCCCCUCACCUCUUGUUACCCCCCUCCCUCUUCUUAGCCCCCCUCUCCUCUUCUUACCCCCCCCUCCCCUUCUUACCCCCACCUCCCUGUCUUUCCCCCCUCUCUUACUCCCCACUCCCCCCUCUCUUACUCCCCACUCCCCUGUAGCGUGGCCGAGCUGCUCUGCAGUCCGCGGUGGCCGGCCGGAGUGAUAGGAAGGAGCACGCUCAGUGUGCACUUUCCUGUCAGUCCAACCGGGUACAGGAAACAGAAACUCCUGUUCCGCGCGGAACAGGAGUUUCUGUUUCCUGUACCCGGUCGGACUGACAGGAAGGUGCACACUGAGCGUGCACCUUCCUAUCAGUCCGGCCGGCCACCGCGGACAGCAGAGCGGCUCGGCCACGCUACAGGGGAGGUGAGUACCAACUGCAGCUGCCUGAGCGCUCUUGACAGAGCGCUCAGGCGGCUGCAGUAUUUAAAGGGCCGGCGUAUAACACGCACCCACAAUUUCUCCCCUGUUUUCAGGGAGAAAAAGUGCGUGUUAUACGCCGAUAAAUAUGGUAUAUAUCCACAAUGUGGUGUAGAGAGAAAAACUACUGUUGGACUUUGGGAAGAAGCUCAGAGAAAUCAUGCUUCCACAACUAUCCCAGAAUUCCUAGCUUGACAUGCAAAUGAGCACAGACAGACCUUGUGUUUCAGACUUAACCCUGCAUAUCAGCAGGUACCCUUAGCGACUGACGCUGUUUUAAACACACACAAACACAGCUUUUUUUAAACCAUAGCAUGGGUUUUGAUCCAAAAGAACCAGUGGCUAAAUAUUCAAGUAAUGCGCAUUUAUCUAUACAGUAACAGUAAUGGUAGUAGUGUGUAUAUCGCUAUAUCUAAGCAUCUCUGCAAAUUACUCUGCUGUUUGGCGGUAUGGGUGUAGUGUUUAGAGAAGGCCUAGUUUUAAUUUUAUAAAUUUUGAGCGCCUCUGAAUGUAAUAUUAGACAUGUUCGGUAAUAUUCCUGGGGUGUAUGUAUUGAUUUACAGUAUCGGCCAGCAUGUCUUGCUAACUCUAUAUGUUGUAGCUUUGGCUGUUAGAAGACAGCACGGUUGAAAUACAUAUAUCCGUUUACUUUCUGUAACUUCGUCCAACUUUUUAUUUCGCUCAUCAUUUCUCAUUUAGAUUGUAUUCUCAAGAGCCAUCUCACAAUGUAAAUAGAGAUACAUAGAAUUUAUUAUAUCUAUGUUAAUGUGGAAAUGCAAUACUGCUAUGACUAUAUCAGAAUAGGAAGCUAGAUUCUAGUUACCCAGCAGGUAAGUGUGUAACCAUUCAAAAUGGUUUGACUACUUUCCUUAGAUGGCAAGUUGGCAGCAGGGUGUCCUGGAUCUUUAAGUAGCACAGCUGUAUCUAGUUUUAUUGUGGUUAAACGGCAUGUUUCAUGUAACAGUUUCUCAGCUCUGCAGAAAAUAUCGACUUUAUAAACAAAACUGAUGUUAAUAUGUUUUACUGCAGUUAUAAUGUGCUGGAAGCAUAAUCGGCUUAUUUUCCUUGCAAACAUAUUUGAUUUUUUUUUAAAAAAAAUUUCUCCCCCAGAUUCACGUUAAACAGUUUUGCCCUAUGUACCCAGUUGCAUGUCCUAACAACUGCCUUCAGGCAUGUCCGAGGGAUAAGGUAACCUUUGCUUUACAUAUUUUUCUCAGUAGAAUAUGUGAUUAGUUUAUGCUAAAAACUGAAUUCGAUUUUUAGCUUUUUUUCAUACCAGAGACUGAAUUAGACUUUCGAUCUGUUUUAAACUGACUCCGCCCUUUACCCAAAAAUUAGCAAUUAACACUUUUUUUUGAUGUUGUCAAUAAUUACAGCUUGAAGAUCACCUCUCUCUGUGUCCCGAAGCUGAACAAGAUUGUUCGUUUGCAAACUAUGGCUGUAAUGUCAAGGUAUUUUAUACAUUACUUCACUACAAUUGGUGAAUUGGUAGCAAUGAGGCUUUUCGGUGGAAAGGACAAUAGUAUGAAACAGCUAGAGUGUUACAUUCAGGGCUACAAUGUUAAUCACACACAACAGAUUAAAAGUCUCAGCCAGACUGUAACAAUGUAGCUGCUGUCUCACUGAAAUGGAAAGAUCUGUUAAAGGGGCUCUGCCAUCUUUUGCAAAGAUCCCUGAUGGUGACAUUGCACAUGAUUUGCGGUGGCUUGCGAGUGCAGGAGAGGUGAGUUAUACUUGCCUGACGCUGUCCCCCACGGGUGCCGCCAUCUUAUUUAGAACUCCACUCGCUACAUUAAUCAAGGGUCCAUGUCAGUGCUGUACUCUGGCACAUGCGCGUGAGUACAAAACUGAUGUCUGUAGGGGAUCCCGCAAGAGUCUCCAAAGAUAUUGUCUCGCACUCGGCAAGACAAUGUCUUUUUCCCACAGCUGUCUCUAGUGACGGGUAAGGUAAUUGAUCAAACUGGACAGCGGUAUCUCCACCUUUCCUUCAUGUUUUGUUAAGUGAAAGAAACGUACGCAAGACAAAAUAGCCCCUACAUUUUUUUAAUGAUAUUGUUGACGGUGUUUGAAUUUCAGAAAAAUUCCAAUCAAUGUAAAUAUUUUACAAAGAUUCUAUCUUUAUGGAAUACUCCGAUUUCUGGGGGUUGUCAGAGCGCUUGAAGUGCUGAAACAGCAUUGGUCACAGACUCCGUUCAGAGUGAUCACUGAUGCUGAAAGACCACAAAGCUCUAACCUCCCUCCUUCCCCCAACCACAUCCUAAGCACUAAAUUGAUUGAGCGAUUGGGGCACAGAUAUUAAUUCCAUCUUAACACUCCUCAAUCUGAUCAGUUCUCAGUCAUUUGCAAGACAGUGAUCAGAGUCUGUAAGUGAUGUUACAAAAGUGUCAAAACAGCAUUUUUAUCUAAUUAGGAUCUCCCAUUCAGUAACACUGCAAACUAUUAACACUGCUGCUGUCAAUGUGAUGAAUGCUGAAGCAGCAGGAUACAGGUGGACUGAUCUGUGACAUAUUUGUUACUUUUCUAUUGGCCACCUACAGUCUCGCUCUUUGCUAAGGAUUCUAAAUGGGGGAGAGGUGGGCGGCUAAUUAGGAAAUGCCAGAUUUUGUUUCUGACGUUCUCUGACCUUUUAACAGUAUGAGAACACUUGGCAGCUACCUCUUACUUUUUAAGGUACACAGUUUCCGAUUUGAAUAAUCUUUAUCGUUUUAAUUAUCCUUGUCUCCUUUUGAAUUAUCUUAUCUUUACCUCCCACAUCGAUGCAACUGAAAAUUAGCUUCUCUCAGUAAUUGGAGAUGUACAGGUAAAAAAAAUAAUUACAGUCUAUGCCAUCAUAACAAUCAGUUCUUUAUGGAUCCUCUUCCAAAAUGGAAAGUCCUACUGAACUAAAAACGACAUGACUCUAUAUAGAGGCAAAAAUUCUAAAUAAGCAGAAUAUUUAAUGUCUACAUCACCAAUUAGUAAAGAAUAAUUAAUGAAACAUUUGGCAUUUAAAGUGUUAAAGAAUGCUUGGGUUAAACAUGGAUUGUAAGAAGCAAAUGUUACUGCUGUAAAACUUGUUAAAUGGACACUGUCACUCUCAAUAGCUGUUUUCCCCUUUUUCACUCAUUUUAAAACGGGGCAUUCUAAUUGUUGAGAUGUAUAACUGUGAAGUUAAAUAACUCCCUCAAGACUCCCCGUCUGGUGUUUUUGUGAUCACAUCUCUUACUGGAGGGGGGGUUAGUCAUCAUUACUUGAAUGACCGUAAUUUGAAAUGUUUGGCGUCCCCGUGGCUCAGUAUUACCCUCUAAUGCAAGGUGAGGUUUAUUUAGAUGAGUUAAAAAAUAAAGCAUAACUCAUGUAUCAUUCUUUAUUUUGAUCAUUUAAAAAAAUAUAUAAUAAUUUUUUUAAAGUUUUUUGCAAAACAAAUACAAAAAGCAUGAAAUGAAGUUCAGUUUCACAGAUAAGCACCCCACCCUAUCCAUGACAGGAAAUAUGAUAAGAUUGACAGAUUAUUAAAGUCACCGUAAAGAGGAAGUUUUACCUUAAAUGAAAUAAUUAAAAUGAUAUCAAAAAAUAUGGAGGUGUCAUAAAGCACUUUUAUAAAAACACAAUUACUAGGUUUAGCUGAAAACCUAGUAUUUUUUACACAGCAGAGCAAUGAACACAUUAUGUUGCUAUAGGAAAGGGUUAAUUAAUUUUUUUUUCGGAUUUCUGAUUUGAGCGAGCAAACACAGAACACUCAGUUGGGUAGUUUAAUGUCUGGAGUUGCAAGUAUUUAUUUUAUUUUAAUUUUUUUAAAUACAUCUAUACAUUAAUGUGUAUGUUAGUAGAGUACUCCAAUAACAUUCAACUAUAUUUAAAAAAAUAAAAAAAACGAAACAGGUAUCAGUGUUUAAAAUAUAUCUAUAUUGCAACACACUGAUCUCCUGCAGUGAUUGGGUCGCAGCAAGAUGCGUUAAACACAUUCAGCAUAACAGAAUAAAUACGAGAUGAAUUCACUAGAUGUCAAACUGUAUAUAAUUAAAAGCCACUUUGCAAUGUUUAGGCUACUAGCCAAGCAGAUACUAUAUCUGUGCUGGAGAAUUGUUCCAAAUCAGUUAUUGUAACCUACAAUUUGUAUUUUGGUUUUACGGUUACUACAAUUCACUGUUUAGUGUAAAAACCCCUAUGUAAGUACGACCUUAACCGAUCCCAUUUAUUUACUGACAUUCACAUCAGAUUUAUAGCAAAAGAGCACAAUGGGAUACACAUAUUGCUCAUAACAUUCAUAAAAUAUAUCUAACUAAAAUGGGUUUUAAACUUAUUCCUAUUAAAGUGAGAUUUCAAACUGAAUUUGAAGUGAAUUUCAAAUUUAAGGCCUGAGUAGGGGAAUGGAAGGUAUAGCGCACUGAGAGAAUUUUUCCUGUUCGGCUAUUUUGCCCUUAAAUAUUAAAUUCGAUUUGAUAACCCUCACUAAGUCUUCCACCUGAAUAAAGUAAUUAAAUAUAAGAUAAAAUGUUCACUUUGUAGACUUACAUUGAGAAAGCUCAACAUUCUACCAGAUGAAUGUAGUGCCUGCCCCCCAGUCUUACGUAGAGAGAUUGCAGUAUUCUACUGUGUUAAAUGAGUAUUCACAGGGAAAUCACUUAUUGGCACACAUAUUAAAGGUUUACUCCAAGCACCAUAACCACUUCAGUGAUUUGAAGUGGUCAUGGUGCCUGAAGUCUGUAUGUGUAGCUUUUUGCUAAGGAAUGCUGCACAUGCUGAGUUUAAACUCCUCUUUUGUGGAGCCUUUCAAAUAAAUUUACAAGAAAACUGAGCAUCUCAUAAAAAAGUUAACACAAGUUAAAUGUGAUUUUUUUAAUAUUUGUUUUCAAUUGUAUAAAUUUCAAGAAGCGAUCACAAACAACAAAUGUCAAAAUGUUUGCCGCAUUUAUAUAAAUGUAUGUGACCAGUAUUCAUUUGUAUUGGCACAUUACGCAGCGGCGGUGGAUGACAGCGGUGGAGGUAUAUUAAAAAUACAUGUAAAAUAGGAGAAAGUCAUCAACUGAACGUGCUUGCUGGUUCUGCUAAUACUUUGUAGUUGAUUCAUUGAGAAGACUUAUCAGAGGGGAAAAGAUUUUUUAAAAAGAUAUACUUGCACAGAAUUGCAAAAAGAGAAACCGCUCUAAACCACAGACUGGAAGGAAUAUAGCUUUACUCACAGUUCCAUCGUCAGUGGCAACUUUACCCUGGGAAAUAAAUUUAUGGCAAGACAGGAGGCUUCAUAUUUGCUUUAUCUUUCUUUACUGAACCUCCCAGCAGCAAUGAAACAGUUAACAAUGAUGUAAAAAAGUUUGACCAAUCAGAGUGUAUAACAAUAUCAUGUAGUGUCAUCAAGCUCCUCCCAACUCCUCUUUCUUUGCUGCUUGCCUCCCAGGUGAGUCUAUUCCAAUUAUAUUGCUAUAAAGUAAUGUUUGUUGCCAUAUAUUGUAACAGUUUAUCUAUCAACGUUUGAUAUUUAUUUUCACCCAUGCUAGAUUUCCAAUAGAUGUGUCAGUUUUUUUCUUAGUUUUUUACUGUUAAAUUACAGUCUUCUUUUUGCUCUAUUGCACUUUUCUCUGUUUCAUAUCUUUUAUGCCUUUUUCUUAAUAAUUUGUGCACACUUGUGUCUAUUUCGAAUAUGUCUCUUUAAAUCCCCACCAGGAUGGUCAGGUAGACGACCAGCGUUUUUUUGCAGGGGUUUUCCUGCGAUCUUUAUUAUAUUAGUGGCCGUGGACUCUCUCCUCAGUAAGAGACCGCGGCCCACUUUACUCAUUCAAUUCACUUUUUUACUGUGGAUUUCCAAGAGUCCGCGGCUUGCUAUUUCGUGCCCUUUCGGCCUUUACCGCCCAUUCGCGUUUGCAUUUCUGACGUGUUUCCUUUCCCACCUCUUUGCUGGAUGACGACCAUUUUCCCGAAUGUUUUUUUCCUGCUUUUUUUUCGGAACACAACGGUCGGAAUUCUACUCUGAUGCAUUUUUGCACAUCGGCUUUGGUAAGUGCUGAUUUUCUAUUUAUUUUAGCACAAUUUACUGUGCUAGUAUUUUACUAGGUAUUUACUUAUUUUUCCCUUAUUUAUUUUUAUUUUAACAGAUUCCGAAAUUAACAGAUCACUGCUGUAAUCUUAUUUAAACAUAAUAAAGGAGGGCUUUUGUGGGUGACCCCCACUUACUUUUGUAUUUAUUCUGUCAUUUACUGUUACUCAGUUUAGGUGUACCAACACCCAUAGUUACAGGUGAAUUUCACCUUCAGGUUUAACAGUGGGAACCCCACUCUUUAUAUUUAAAAUUGUGGACAUACCCACUUUGUUUGAUUUCUUACAAGUGUUGACCCCACUUGUUACUAUUAUUUACUGUAAUUUUAGUGGCUAAUCCCAGUGACUAUUUGUGUUGCUGCCCUUACAACUAUCACUCAUCUCAUUUGGGUGAUCCCCAUUCAUUGCACAAUUCCCUAUAUUUUACUACUGUCAGUUUUACAUAUAAGACUAAACAUGUCUGAUAACACUGAGCCUGCCAUUUCGCAAGAACUUCGAGCAUGGCUCGUUUCUACUAUUGCAGAAUCUAUUCCCAAGGCGUUAGCAACCUUUCAUUACAAUUUUUUUACUGAAGUUAACCCCACUGCACGCUUGCUUUCUGAUUCAGAGGAUUCUCAGCCUUCGGAUCAGGAUGAAGUCACACGCAAGCGCAGGCAAGGGUAAGGCUCCUGCCAAGUUGUCUUUCACUCACCCUACCCACAAUACUUUAGACCCUCUAGAGGGCUCUUCAUCUAAUACAGGCAAUGUGGUGGAUGGUUACUACCUCGGCUAUUCUGACGAGGAGGCCCCUGAAAAUGCGCUACGGGACCCCUCGUCGGAGUUUGUCAAGGAGACAUUUAUUGCCAAGAGAGACCCAGAUUCUAGUAAUACUAAGCCCAAGGAGCCCAAUUCAGACAUCCUUCUGGAUGCUUCGGGCAUCCCCUUUUUUGACCCUAGGGUCAUCAAACACCUACGCUCAGCUGAAUGGGCCCCGUCUGACCACAUUACUAACUUUUACAAGAUGUAGCUGCGCAGGCCUCUAGAAAAGGAAAUAAGGGAAAUAAUGGCUAAACUUAGAGCCGAAUGACCUCGGCCAACUAUCCCGAAUAAAGUUUGACCCAAUGUUGGUGAUGUUCCUCACUAAAUCAGGCAAAGAGUAUUGAGCAGGGUGUGAAGGCAACUCAAGACAAGCUUCUAGACAUUGCUGGUCCCAUUACCCAGAUAUUUAUUUUAGCUGAUGAAGCUAUUAUUAGUGGAGAAUUUGAUCCACAUACAGUGUGGGAGUGGGCCCAGAGGGCUUUAUGCUUCUUGGGAAAUGCCAACGUGGCUAUCUCUACUGAGAGACGUAAGGCAGCACUAUAUAAAAUUGACGCUAGAUUAGCGGAUUUGAGUUCCCGAGAAUUGGAACCGGAAGCCAAUGGCUUAUUAUUUGGAGACUCUUUUAUGAGAGAUCUAUCUAAACAUGUAUCGGUAUUUACUACCUUAAAUAAAGCCCAAUCCUCCUUACUUUUCGUUCCCAGUCAAAAUGUUUUUCUGGGAAAGCUGGUCGUUACAGGGGCCGAGUGACCAGCAGAGCUGCCUUCACAGGCUACAGGCCUCAUCUCACAGAAAAUGAUUGGAAUUUGGGAACCACCAACAGAGGAUCCAUCCGGGGACGUGGAUCUGCUUCUCUACGCGGACGCACUGGUCCAGGUAAUAAACCUUCCUUUUUUCAAUGUACCAGGUCAUAGUUGGUCGACUAACCCAUUUUUUCCAACAGUGGGAAUUGCUUUCACCGAAUCUAUGGAUUCUACACACAGUCAAGGGUUUCAGAAUCGAUUUUUUUCCAUUCCGUUCCAGGACACACCACCUACACCAUUAUGGAUGUCUAUAACAGACAAUCUAGCAUUACAAACGGAGUUGAACAAACUGGUGGAAAAAGGAGCGAACGAAAGAUCGCCUUUCCCACAUACUUUUUCAGCAACAUAUUCCUGGUCCGCAAAAAGACAGGAGAUCUUCGCCCAAUUAUCAGUCUGAAAGGUCUGAAUCAACAUGUCUGAUAUCACCAUUUCAAGAUGGAAGGCAGGCAUCCAUCUUCUCAGGGACCUCCUUUGCGUGGUUCUCAAGGACGCAUACCUCACCGUCCCACAGGGCUUUCCUUCAGUUCCUCUAGCAAGGAGAAAUUCGGCAGUUCACAUGCCUUCCUUUCGGUCUUUGCUCGGCACCAUGGUGUUUCACAAAAUUAAUGAAACCAGUCAUGGCACUGCUCUGAUCGCAGGGGAUUCGUUCCAUUGUAUAUUUGGACGACAUUCUGAUCAUGGCUCAGAAUACAAAUCUUUUCCGUCAACAAACGGACAUGACAACUGCCUUGUUACAAAACCUAGGUUUUGUUAUCAAUUUUCAGAAAACGGAUCUGGAACCCUCUCAGACGGUUCAGUUCCUCGAAUUUCUAAUAGAUUCGACACAGGCGAUUUUACAAUUACCUUCCGCAAAGAUCAGACAUUUGGAGAUUGCUGUCAGCUCAACGGAUUCGCUUGCACGAUCUGGCAUAUACUAUCCAAGCUAUAUAUCUGGGAUCCUUACACUACCGAGCGUUGCACACAACAUGGAAGCCUGGAAUGGCAAAGCGAUAUUCAGACCGCACCCGGACUUCGUUCUGGAAUCCGAUGCCAGCCUCCUGGGGUGGGGCACAACGUGCUCAGAAAGGUCCACUGUGGGACUAUGGUCCACUUCAAAACAGGCUCUACACAUCAACUGCCUAGAACUAAUCACAGGAUCUUUUGCGAUCUGCAGUUUCUCAAAAGAUUUAUUAAAUUGUUCCCUGGUACUAUGCAUGGACAAUGUAUCAACAGUGCGUUAUGUGAAUCGAUUGGGAGGAUCCCAAUCCAAAUUGCUGUCCAACGUGUCCAAUUCUGUUUAGAGAGAAAUCUAUCCAUCCGGGUGGAAUAUCUUCCAGGCAUGGACAAUCUAGUCGCAGAUUGGUUCUCCCGCCAUUGGAGGGACGUCAGUGACUGGCAAUUAGAUCCCCUACUAUUUCAUCAAAUUCAUUAUCUUUGCGGACCCCUCAUGCUAGAUCUCUUUGCGUCUCAGUUGAACCGCCACACGGAGGCCUUUUUCAGCUGGCUCCCAGAUCCCCAAUCCUAGCCAGUCGAUGCAUUGCUACACCCUUGGCCAGAGAUGGGAGCUUAUGCGUUCCUGCCCUUUUCCAUGAUCCAACGCACCCUUUAUCGGGUCAAAGCUCUAGUAGUAACGAUAGUCCUUGUAAACCCAUUGUGAAGGGCCCAGAUUUGGUUCCCAUAUCUUCUAGAACUAUCAGUGAAUUACCCAAUUCUAUUGCCCCGAUUUCCAGUCAUCCUCAGGAACCCAGCAGGGGACUGUCAUUUGCUCGCUCUUCAAGAACGGCUCCAGCUUGUAGCUUGACCGGUUCAGGGGAUCUUGGAAUGUCUUGGGACUUUCUAAAACAGCUCAGGCUCUCCUAUAGGACUCCUGGACUCCAGGCACUAGGAGCGCUUACCUCUCUGCAUGGCAGACAUGGGUCAGCUCGUGUCUGGAAAGGGAUAUCGAUCCCUUUUCAGCACCUCUGACAGCCAUUCUAAAUUUUCUAUCUACCCUUUUUGAUCAAGGCAAAUCCUAUAGAACGAUUAAUGUGUUUCGAUCCACUAUUUCUGCAGCUCACAACUCUGUUGACAAUUCAUUGAUAGGGAAACAUCCCUCUGUUUGUAGACUUUUACAGGGUAUUCGCUUGGCUAGAUCCUAGUUGGGAUUGACCCCUCCUUUGGAGCACACUCAGUCAGAGGAGCAGCCACAUCCUCUGCCUUUCGUGCAGGCAGUUCCCUCUCGGACAUCUUAUCCUCUGCGGAUUGGUCCAGAGAGUCGACAUUUUGGACCUUCUAUUUUAAACCUAUGCUGCAUCUUCUAUCAUACAGGAGCGUUAAAACAGCAAAUAUGAAGCCUCCUGUCUUGCCAUAAAAUUAGGGAUUAUUCUAGCUUUAGUGAAAGAAUAAUCUAAAUUUUAUUAAUGACAGGAGGCAAAUUUUUUUAAAGGAGUGGAGGCUGGGUGAAAGUCUGAUUGAGGAGGGAAGGGAGUUCCACAGAAUAGGGGCAGCCCUGGAGAAGUCUUGAAGGCGAGCAUCAGAGGUGGGGAUCCGGGCAGAGGAUAGGCGUAGGUCUUGGGCUGAGCGCAGGGGUCUCGACGGGACAUACUUGUGUAUGAGGGAGGAUAGGUAUGUUGGAGCAGCAUUAUGUAGGGUUUUUUUUAAGCAAGCGCCAGAAUUUUGAAUUGGGCCCUAUAACACAGACGUUAUAUAUAGAUAUAUAUCCGCAUUUAAACCCAUUUUGUAAGAUGGAAUAAAAUGUAAUUGCAUAAUAUUGUGGAUGGUAUUAAUUAGGUCAAUGUAUAAAUAUUUAAGUUGUGUAUUUUUAUCGUUAAUUUGAAAAUAUACGAUGUUCACAUUAUCGUUGUAUAGUUAAGGAGGAUGUCACAGGGGAUGGUCCAUUCUCUGAGAAUUAAAUAUAAAGGGUAAUUAUAGACAUAUAUAAAACAAAUAUGUCAUUUAAGGAAUUUAACGUCAAAUAGCAGUACUGGAAAAGGUCUCUAAGUCAGCUGUGCUUUUAGUUUGGCCACUCUGGCCUUAAAUUUUACCUUCACUUUGAUUGCCCUUCAGAAUUCUCCUUUUAAUAAAUAAAUAGGUCUUUAAAUGUUUAAUAGACAGCGGUAGAGUGAUCUUUUUAAACUCAGGUCAAAAAUGAAAUGUGCUGUUUGAAAACUGAAAAAUGUGCAACAGACAGAGGUUUUCAAAACAAAUAAAAAACAAACCGUGGGACUUCCCCUCUUACCGUGCAGAUUUCCCUUAAUUUAUUUUGCAGAAAAUGAUUUUUCCAAAUGUGGUAAGGGUGCGAGUAAGCUAUAGUAAAAAGAUUAAAGGAUUAUCAACUUCACUACCAAGAAGUUUACAAAAAAAAAUAUCUCCAAGUAUUUUGGGUGUCCUGUGAAAUAAUGUUUAAAUGUAUUUUUCUUUUUUUAGUAUGCAUAGAGAACACAUUAUCUAAUGGAAACAAAAACAAACAUUUUGGUUGGACAAAACAAACUUUCAAAAAAUCGUUCACCAACAUAUAUACGCAUUGUUCAUUAUAAUAUAUAUUGUCACAUUGCUCAUACCAUAUCACCCUCAUUGCAGCCAUGUUGCUUCUUUGGACACACACACACACUAACACAUGCACACACAUACACACACUGGUACAUGCACACAUUUACACGUUUAUGCGCAUGCACACAUAUACACAGAUAUUUUAGACACUUGUAACGCUACUUUCAAUAUGGCAUACGCACACACACAAAAAAAUAUACAAAGUGUGAUACAGUAAACAAAAAUGAUAAUGCGCUGUGAUUAUAAUACACUCCAAGAUCAGGAUGGAUAGUGCGCUCAGAAGGUGCCUGCCCCAAUAUUGAUGGGCGGCUAAAUCCCUCCACUCUCCACUGGUAAUCCAAGUGGACCUAAUGUAAAAUGAGACUCCGGUGGGUAUAAGUUGUAUAAAUGUAUAAAUUUAUUAUAAAAAGGGGCCAUAUACAUUAGCCACCUAAGAUAAAACAAAAGGUCCUACACGUUUCGUUCCUGUGGUUGGGAACUUCCUCAGGGACCAGAUUCAAAUGAUACAGCAGUAAAACAAUCAAUGCAGAAAAAAAUCAUACAAUAUCCCCAGCCCCCCAUGAGUCUCUAUAAAUAGGGCUAAGCCCUCAGUUCAUUGGUGGAUCCUGUGGGUGUUACCAAUGAUCCUGUGGUCCUGUUCAGGUGUGGAGUGAGUAUUCUCUUUCCUCUUCGUCCGAAAUUGGCGCGGUGAGUUGGAACCAGAAACCGGAAGUGGCGCCCGUUCUGUACUUCCGCGUUCCAACAUCGUGUGCGUUCCAGCUUGGUUAAAGUGAGUGAGUUGGUGUAUUGCCACCUAAAGAUAGCCCAAUAUAGGGCAUGUUCUAGUGGUAAUAUAAACGUGCACAAGAUACAUAAUGACAAAUCUCCUAACGGAGAAAAAGGAUUAGUAUCACAUUUAAACAUUCAAACAUAUCCAUGUACAGCUUACUGAUACCUCGAAUGAAAUAUCAGUAUAGUUCUUUAUGAGUUAUUUUGUUUAGUUAAAAAAUAUUUUAGAAAUUAUUUUAACAAAAAUAUAAAGUGAUCAUCCUACUGGAAGAAAUUCUUUAUUUACUUAUUAGUGUUUUGGUGUACCAAUAUGUGGGGAGUUAUAAUCAAUAUUCAAUAUUAAGUGGCAUCUAUGGUGCACACCUUACAAAUUUACAUGUGAAAAUAUAACUGUGAAAUUUGUUCCUCAAACAAUUAUUAUAUAAACCUAUCUGGUUAAAUACAGAUAUCCUUAUUCUGAUUAAAUGGCUAACAAUCAUGCCAGUAUAUAUAUUAAAAGACCUCGAUGGGUCAUAAAAAACAAACGAGAUCUAUAUCAAUGUUGAGUCCCUUUGGGUGGAGGGUUUGAAGUUUGUGUAUCCAGAAUGUUUCUCGUUGUGCUAGUUUUUAAGUCUAUCACCACCUCUCCAGUGGGGUAGUACUCUCUUCUAUUCCUAUACACUUGAAAUUGGUAAAGGAAAACAAAGGGCAGGCAUUACAGUGAACAGGCACAGAAUGGUUUGUAAAAUUGUUUUUAAUAUUGUUUAGAUGUUCCAUUAGUCUUACUUUGAGGAUCUUUUUUGUGCGCCCGACAUAUUGUUUGCCACACGAACACUGUAGUAAAUAAACAACAUAGUCCAUGUGGCAUCCUAUGUCUGAUUUAAUAUUAAACCUAUCACCCGUGAUAAAGCUGGAGAAAGAGUGGGUUCUGGAUAUUAAGCCGGUGGUGCAGGUUUUGCAUGUAUUACAUCCUCUGAAAAUUCCCAGCUGAUUGGGAGCAUUUGUCAACGUGGGCUUAAGGGCAUAGCUAGGAGCUAGCAUGUUCUUAAGAUUUUUAUUCCUUUUGUAAAUAACUCUAGGUUGAUUCGAUAAUGUUGUUCCGAAAAUUGGGUCCUGUAAUAGAAUUGGCCAUUAUUGUUGUAAACUCUUUUUUAUUCUCCUAUGGUCAGUGUUGCAUUGUGUUAUAAAUACAGUGGUAAAAUUUUCAUUGGCGGUUUUGACCAAGGGUUUAUGCCUCAAUAAUUGGUUCCUGUCUAUCUGUUUUGCUAACCAAAUUUCCCUUUCUAAGGUAUUUUUCUUAUAACCUUUCUCUACCAGUUUCUUUUGGACAUGUGUAGACUGAAUUUGAAAAUCCUGGCUGUUAGAGCAAUUGCGCCUCAGACGUGUAAAUUGGCUCUUCGCAAUGCCCCUCAGCCAGGGUUUGUGAUGGCAACUGCGCUGAUGGACGAACCCAUUCCCAUCUGUGGGUUUGAAGAAGCACUUAGUUCUGAUUUCUCCCCGGUCUAGGAACAAGGUCAGGUCUAAAAAAUUGAUCUUGUUCCUAUUCUAGACCAGGGUAAAAACCAGAUUGUAUGAAUAAGAGUUAAGAAAAUUAACAAAGUCCCGAAAUAUAGACAGUGAACCCUUCCAAAUUAUAAUAACGUCGUCUAUAUAAUGCCGCCAGACCACCAGGUUCUCCCUCCAGUCAUGGCCAGACCACACAAACAGGUCCUCCCAUCGCCUCAUGUAGGUAUUGUCAUAACUGGGGGCGAACCUGGUGCCCAUGGAAGUCCCAGUGAUCUGUAAAUAAAAUUCUCCAUUAAAAUGAAAAUAAUUGUGUUUCAAAAUAAAAUGAACUGAGGUCAAAAUUAAUUGUUUAAGAUCUACUGACACAUUUUUUUCUUGAGUCAUGAAAUGGUCUAGUGCCUCCACCCCCAAUCUAUGGUUGAUGACGGUUUACAGGGAUGUUAUGUCUAAGGGGGCCCAGCUAUAUUCCGCAUGCCACUCUAUAGACUCCAUCUCUUGUAAAAAGGAUUUGUGUCCUUGAUGUAGGACAGGGCCUCUUGAGCAUAUUUUUGUAAGAAGGAGUCUGCAAAAGCUGACAGAUUAGCAGUGAGCGAAUUUACAGCCCUAUUUAUAGAGACUCAUGGGGGGGAUAUUGUAUGAUUUUUUUUUUUGUAUUGAUUUUUUUACUGCUGUAUCAUUUGAAUAUGGUCCCUGAGGAAGUCCCCAAACAGGAACGAAACACUUAGGACCUUUUGUUUUAUCUUGGGUGGCUAAUGUAUAUGGCCCCUUUUUUAUAAUAAAUUUAUACAACUUAUACCCACCGGAGUCUCAUUUUACAUUCGGUCCACUUGGAAUACCAGUGGAGAGUGGAGGGAUUUAGCCGCCCAUCAAUAUCGGAGCUGGCACCUUUUGAGUGCACUAUCCAUCCUGAUCUUGUGAGUGUAUUAUAAUCACAGCAUAGAAACAUAGAAUGUGACGGCAGAUAAGAACCAUUCAGCCCAUCUAGUCUGCCCAAUUUUCUAAAUACUUUCAUUAGUCCCUGGCCUAAUAUUAUAGUUAGGAUAACCUUAUGCUAUGCUUAUGAUGCAGCGCAUUAUCAUUUUUGUUUACUGUAUCACACUAUGUAUAUUUUUUUGUUCCUAAUUUAGAUUUUAUACAGCUGUAUGUCAGAAUCUUUUGUAUAUCUGUAUAUGUUGUAAAAGGUCGGGAACUGGGUCACGACCUUGAGAGGCUGUUUGGUUCGAAACUUCAGAUAAGUAUAUUUUGAUACUUAUGCACUAUAUUCAUCAUAUUUAAUUGUAUUUUGUGGCACUGCAUCUAUAUUUUUUACAUACACAAGUGCAUGCAGACAGACACAUACACUGUCACACACAAACUGCCAGAAACAUAUACACAUACAUAUGCAGACUGACACACGCUGUUUGAAACACACAAAACACACACGCAUUUACUCUGGUGGCGAUAGUGUGUUGUAACUCCUGACAGCAGCCAUCAAAAAGGCUCCAAGCACAUGCCGCUUACCUGCUCUGCUGUGAUGGGAAGUGUAGCUCCCUAGCAGCCUCAGCCACCCUCCCAUUACCUUCUUCUCUGAGAGGGAGGUGGCUGUUCCAUUGUUCAGCCCAGUACAGCAGCUCCAAUGCUCCCUGUAAAUACAGGGAGAGGGAAAAGAGCUGUGCCAGUCGUCCCCCAAUUAGUGGAUAAAGAGGAACUCUCGUAGGUCCUGUUUGAUUUGAGGUUGAACAAGGUGGAAAUGACUGACCUCAAGCAUGAAAAUACAUGGAUUAUUUGACUGACAAUCCAGUAACAGUCAAUUAUUUCAUUUCAUAAUCAAAUAUACCAGCUAAUAUAAAUCCAGCAAGGAUGUGAUACAUUGCCUGUGUUUGGUGCUAAACAAGUUUGAUCACAGGGCUAUGGAGUUAAGUACUUAUUCAAGUUCAAUGUGCAAUCUAUACUUCAUAUCAGCUAAGGCUGUGCAAUUCUGUUAUAUAUAAUGUACUAUCAUGUCUUACACAGUAUCUCACAAAAGUGAGUACACCCCUCACAUUUUUGUAAACAUUUUUUUGUAUCUUUUCAUGUGACAAAACUGAAGAACUGACACUCUGCUACAAUGUAAAGUAGUAAGUGUACAGCCUGUACAAAAGUGUCAAUAUUUUGUGUGGCCACAAUUAUUUUCCAGUACUGCCUUAACCCUCAUGGGCAUGGAGUUCACCAGAGCUUCACAGGUUUCCACUGGAGUCCUCUUCCACUCCUCCAUGAUGACAUCACGGAGCUGGUGGAUGUUAGAGACCUUGCGCUCCCCCACCUUCCGUUUGAGGAUGCCCCACAGAUGCUUAACAGGGUUUAGGUCUGGAGAAAUGCUUGGCCAGUCCAUCACCUUUACCUUCAGCUUCUUUAGCAAGGCAGUGGUCGUCUUGGAGGUGUGUUUGGGGUCGUUAUCAUGUUGGUAUACUGCCCUGCGGCCCAGUCUCCAAAGGGAGGGAAUUAUUCUUGGCUUCAGGAUGUCACAGUAAAUGUUGGCACUCAUUGUUUCCUCAAUGAACUGUUGCUCCCCAGUGCCGGCAGCACUCAUGCAGGCCCAGACCAUGACACUCCCACCACCAUGCUCGUUGCUGCCACACACGCUUGACACCAUCUGAACCAAAUAAGCUUAUCUUGGACUCAUUGGACCACAGGACUUGGUUCCAGUAAUCCAUGUCCUUAGUCUGCUUGUCGUCAGCAAACUUCUGGGAUGACAGCCAUGCAGACCAAUUUGAUGCAGGCCCAAUUUGGACAUUUCCACUUAGGGCGGUACUCACUUUUGUUGCCAACGGUUUAGACAUUAAUGGCUGUGUGUUGAGUUAUUUUGAGGGGACAGCAAAUUACACUGAUAUACAGGCUGUACACUUACUACUUUACAUUAUAGCAGAGUGUCAUUUCUUUAGUGUUGUCACAUGAAAAGAUAUAAUAAAAUAUUUACAAAAAUGUGAGGAGUGUACUCACUUUUGUGAGAUAUUGUUCAUGUACAAUAAACAUAUUAUAUAAUUAAAUUAUUGACUUUUUAGCUAUGAUAUUUUCAGAGCAAAAUUACCUUAAAGGUACACCCCAAGCUAGUGCCAGCAUCAGUUAGGGAGUUUCCAUAGCAACUACAGCAGCCAUUUCUGUUCUUUCUUAUCGGUCAAUUAUUUGGCAUAGAAUGGAUGCUGACGAUUUAACUGAGAGGUUGGAGAAAGACCUAUUUUUAAAUACAUUUUCUUCCAAUCUGUGCAUUUUCUGCGAAUCUGUUAGCACAACAUAUAUACACUAAAUUGGAUGCUCUUUAAAAAGACUAUAAGUACUUUGAGGCUUGACAGGAACCCUUUGAUCCUACAGUAAUUGCCCACAUUUGUUUUUUUUUUUUGUUUUUUUAAGGUAAAAAGAGUUCAAAUGAAGAGCCACGAAGAUGCCUUUCUCAGGGAGCACAUGCUCUGUGUUUUAAAUAGAAAUAUGCAACUCGAGCAACAGGUAUGUGACAAUUUGUAUGUUUAGUUUUGUGUAUAUUUAGCAUAUCACAGGACAGUAUGCUCUGUGUGUAGAAUUAAAUUGCCUAGGCUUGCCUAUUGAAUGUGAAUUUAAUUAUGUGUACUUACUGCACUUUUAUUUUCUGAUUACCCACUUCUGAGACAAAUUGAACAUCAGACUUGGUAUUGUUAGCAACAAUGUAACCAGAGAUGCUUCUGAUACAUCUAUGUGUCCAUAUAACAUAGGGCCAAAACAUGGCUACAAACUGAACUCUUAAAAGGGAACUGUAGUGUCAGGAACACAAACGUGUAUUCCUGACACUACUGUUCUAAAACCACCAUUAAAUUGGUUGGCCUCUCCUUAACUGUGGUUAGAAUUUACUCACGUUUGGCUCUGCCCUGCCUCGUUAGCUGAGAUUAUCAGAAUUAAUGAUCUCAGCAAAUUUACCAUGCUUUCCCAUAGGAAAACAUUGGAUUGGCUGAGACUGUCAAUUCUGAUGAUCUCAGCCAAUGAGGUGGGGCAGAGUCAAACGCUGCCCUGGCCAAUCAGCAUCUCCUCAUAGAGAUGCAUUGAAUCAAUGCAUCUCUGUGAGGAAAGUUCAGUGUCUCCAUGCCAUGCGUGGAGACAGUGAACGUCAGUGCUGCUCUGAGGAGUGGCCACUGAAGGUGUCCCUAGUCAGUGUUUACAUUAAAAGGCCUACAGGGACUUACUAUACUCACCAGAGCAGCUACAAUAGGUACUGUCCAUUUAAAGGGGACUACAGUGGGGAAAACUUAUAAGGAAAAUCCUAUUCAUAUAAAAUAAAUACAAAUAUUAGAAUAUUGGAAGCAUUAAUAUUGGCUAAGUAACGUAAAUUUAUGUAGAUCAUCAUAAAUCAUCACUCAAUCACAUGCAAAUGUUUGGUUGAGUUAACUAGUUUCAAUUAUGAGUUGUAAUAACAGGCACAGCAAUAUUUGCAUCUGAUUCCUGUUGGUCUCUGCGUAAUACAGCCUCUGUUAGUCAUUUUCCAUGCUGGAACAUGUCACACGGUGCUACUACACGUGUGACUUACAAAACAUUUUCCAAACUCACAUUAGAAAAUAAAAAUGAUACAAGUUGGGUGAUUAAUUGAUUAAAUCUGAGAAUGUGCACUAAAUGCUUUGGGUCUCCAGGAUAAAAAAAAGAAGCAUUAUAAAUGAAAAUUCAAUAAAAACAUUUUUUAAAGUGUCUGAAUUCUGGGUGUGAAAAUUAAGUGAAUUUGUUGUGGAGUUGGCAGGAAAUGCCAGCAAAGGUAACAGGAAGCAGAGUUACCCACACAAACUAUUUUCUAAGUGUAUCUAAUAGAAGUGUAUUUUCCCCACUGAGCUGCACUGCUUAGCACACAGUACUAACUAGGCAAAUAUAGCACAAUUAAAAAUAAAUACAUUUAAAACUAUUUGCCUCCUAGAAAAGUUGGGCUCCUUCAAUUGCAUUGUUUAUAACAUUAGUUUAAGGUUCUAAAUUAGGCUCUAGCCCUCUAAUUUCUGCACGGAUAUUCUCUUUGAGCUGAUUAGGUGUAUGCAGUUUGUUCACGUACGCCCGCUCCGUCAGAUACCCCCAUAGGAUGUAAUCGGGAGCUGAAAGAUCUAGUGAACGUGGCUGCCAAUUAAUCGGGGAAUUUCUCAAAAUGAUACACUCGCCGAACAGUUAUCUCAGGAAGUAGAUUGUGGCCCUGGCUAUAUGGUUAUUGUUUCCAUCCUGCUGAAACAGCAUUUCAGGGCAAUUUUCCUUUUUGCUUCAAAAUAAUGGACUUGCCAUUUUGAAAAUAAAAUUCCACUACUUCAUAUAUUUUUACUCGUUCCUACAUGAAAUUACCCAUGAUGAAUCUCACAAGACUUUGUUAUAAUAUGUACCUGCAAAAAGAAAAAUGAACUACUAACAAAUAAGUUAUUUACCUGUCAAGUUUUGGCCCACCCUAUAAAUGGCUAAUUGGGCCCAAUUUGGACAUUUCCAUUUAGUGGGGGUGUACUCACUUUUGUUGUCAACGGUUUAGACAUUAAUGGCUGUGUGUUAAGUUAUUUUGAGGGGACAGCAAAUUUACACUGUUAUACAGGCUGUACACUUACUCCUUUACAUUGUAGCAGAGUGUCAGUUCUUCAGUGUUGUCACAUGAAAUAUAGAAUAAAAUAUUUACAAAAAUGUGAGGGGUGAACUCACUUUUGUGAGAUACUGUGUGUGUGUAUCUAUAUAUAUAUUGGACUUUUCCUUUAAGGAGAAUGGACAUGCCACUGCAAGCUAUUUUCCUUGGGGUUACAUUUUUAUAAACUCAUAUAAAAUGUGUCUUUAUUAUAGUUAAUUCUUUUUUUUUUUUUUUUAACUCCCAAACGUACAAAACCACAACCAUUGCCUUGUACAGUCUCACUCCUGCUAUUCGGUCUUUUACAUAUUUUUUCCACUUAUCUUUUCAGCACGGCCGCUGUGGUAGCUAAAUAUGCACUGCGCUCAUCUUUUUUUGGGGGUUUUUUUUUUUUAUGUGUGUUUUCCCAGAUGCAGGAUUUAAAACAAAAUUUGGAAUUAAAAGAAAAUAAAAUCCAGAAGCUGUUUGAGACGGUUAAAAGGUGUGAAAAAGAAUGCAAACAAUUUGCACAUGGUGCAAACGGGGUCAAUCUCUCCAGCACGCAGGUGAGACAAGGGCUUGUAUCUUGAAAUACAAACUUACUAAAAGCAAUUUGAAUCAAUUGAAUUUUCAAAUCACCAUUAUUCACUGUUUAGUAAACAAGCCACUCAUGAACAAAUAGGUAAAAUAUGAUUGCCAGAACAAACUGUUCUUUUCAAGACUUACCUAAAUGCCUCAUCCUGUGCGGCCCUUUAUGAAAAGAUCACUUUUGAAUAUUCACAAUUACUUAUAUUUUUUUACUUUAUCUAUAAAGAGCCAUCACAGGGCAUGUUCGAGGUGCGCUCUUAAUGGACAGAUUUAAAAAACAACCUAAAUUCUGCACAUGCCCAAUUGCCAUUAACAGCUUAUCCAGUCAUAAUUAACAUUUAUAAACUGCCAACAAAUUCUACAGCACUGUACGUUUAUUAUCAGUGUAUCAGUCUGUGCUGUAGUGUAAGAAAGGGGGCAGAAAUUAUAGCACUGCAGUGCUGCACGGUGUGUGUUUACUAUUUAUAGGGAAAUUACCAAGUUAACCCUUUCCCAUAGUGAAAUAACGUCAGUAAACAUUCACUAUCUUACCAGUGGCAAUAUAUAUAUAUUUUUAUUAUUUUGACAAUUAUCUAGUGGGGCGCUGCCCUUAAUGCCCCUAUGGACAAGCCCUUUUGAAAAAAAUUAAGUUCCUUAAUUUCGAAAAGAUCUCAUUGUUUAUGAUUUGGAUGAAAUUUGCUAAUUCAGAGUCAGACUUUAACAGCAAACUCUUGUGGGUAGUUUUCCAGCACCCAGUUGUGGGUCAGACUAUACCAGCUUUAAUAGCCAGUGUUGCAGCCACCAGUCAGAAUAGUUAUACACUAUAUAGGACAUUCUUAUACAGGCACUGGGUGCAGAUUGUCUUCCUUUUAACUUUAGUAAAAACAAACCACCAACUCCCAAUGGAUUAAGGUACUUUUUAAUUAUUUUUUUUCUUUCUUUACACAUUUUUUUAAAGCAAAUUUCACUUUUGCUAUUUUAAUAUAUUUUGCUAUUAGACUCUUGCUACUUACAUUGACAAAGUUGCAUGGCUGGAGAACCAGGUGCUAGAGGUGGUGCAGCUGGUUAGCCAGGAGCAGAGCCGACUGGAUCUACGACCAUUGAUUGAGAACCUGGAAUGCACCAACCAGAAACUAAUCUCCAUGGAAAAUUACAAAAGUCGUUUAGGUAUGUUCCAUACAUGUUCUUACUGAAACUGAGUAAGAUUUGGCCCUCCAGCUGUGAUAGCUAAAAAAACUAAAAACAUUUGUCAGAGACCAUCAUGGAAAGCAUAACCUACAAGAGGUUGUCUGGCAAGCUUUAUCGAUCACGAAAAUUUCCACUCACCCACUAUCUAUUGUUGAGUGAAAAUUCAGAUCUGAGCACGGAUGUAUGGUAUCUUGUUCAGGAAUAAUAUUUUCUUAAAACUGAUGAGCAAUUGAGAUUAUUAUUAAAGGGUUACUCCAACCAAAAACUGUGUUUUAAGAUCACAUUGUUCCUAUACUCGUCCCCUUAAAACUAACCUCCAGUCCAGCCCUAAAGCCAAGUUCUCCCUCAUUUCAAACUUUCUCCAGUGAUGUCACUCCCACUAGCUAGAGGGGGACAGCUGUCAGGGACGGCAUGCUGAAGGGAUGCUAUGGGCAGCGUGGAGGAGGGCUGUGCUGCCAUUGGCUGUCUGUAGAUGCAAAACAUGCACAGAACUGAUAUAAGCCAGCCCGUAACUCUUGUUCUGGGCUAGCUAAUGUCACCCCAAUGACCGUAUCAGGGGUGGAGUUACAUCUCUGGCAGCAGAAACGCUGCACAUACACGCUCGAAGCACCAUGACCACUUCCAAUUAGAGAAGUGGCCAUGGUAGUUGGAAUAACCCUUUAAGGUUUUGCUUGCUCCAUGAGAAAUGUGCCAGGAAUCCAUCAAAUGCCAAUAUUUGUAUCUACUGUAUUGCGAUGGGUUAUUAUCAAUGUCGGAAACACAGAUUUAUAGAAGAGAAAUCCAGGCACUCUCAGGAUACAAAAAGGCAAAUUUAUUUAACCCACUGCAACGUUUCGACCUACACGGUCUUUGUCAAGCUUGACAAAGACCGUGUAGGUCGAAACGUUGCAGUGGGUUAAAUAAAUUUGCCUUUUUGUAUCCUGAGAGUGCCUGGAUUUCUCUUCUAUUUUUCCUCAUCAAAAACUUGGUUCCUGGUACUGGGACUGGUGUGGUGCACCUGGUACAUUUCAAAUGGGUUUGAGUGCAGUUCCAAAUUCCUGCUACAUUAUAUUGGAAACACAGAUUUAGUGAUUUUGUACCAACAAACUUUAUUUUUGGUUUAAUUUCAGUGUUCACAUUACCUUUUUUUAUUUUAGAUCAUUUUUUCUGAGUAUCAUUAAAUUACUCAAGUUUGAACCAUUCACCAGAUAAUGUCUGGGUAAUUAACUUUUUCCCCACUCCCCUAUGUCUCCGACUCUGGGGUCCCAUCAAAUGCAUUUUUGUCAUUCUCAUGUUAAGGAAACCACGUGUCCGUAACCCAGUCCCACUUUAUGUCCUUCAGAUAACCUGGAGAGCCAGUCAGGCAAACACGACAUGCAGAUAAAUAUCCAAAAGACACAGCUGAACAUGAAUGAGGAGAGGUUCAAGCUUUUGGAAGGCUCCUCCUACAACGGCAGACUUAUCUGGAAAAUCACAGACUACGAGCGAAAGAAAAAGGAAGCUAUUGAGGGGCGCAUUGUUUCCAUUUACAGCCAUCACUUUUACACCAGCAGGUGCGGUUACCGUCUAUGCGCAAGGGCAUAUCUAAAUGGGGAUGGGUCAGGAAAAGGAGGGUAUUUAUCUUUGUACUUUGUGGUGAUGAAAGGAGAGUUCGACUCUCUCCUGCCCUGGCCUUUCAAACAAAAGGUGACAAUGAUGCUGCUUGAUCAAAGCGGGAAGAGAAACCAUAUAGUUGAUGUUUUCAAAGCAGAUCCAAACAGCAGCAGCUUCAAGAGACCAGAAGGAGAGAUGAACAUUGCCUCCGGAUGUCCACGAUUCGUGUCUCACCCCCAACUGGAGAACCCCAAAAAUGGCUGCUACCUCAAAGACAACACGUUGUUUAUUAAAGUUGCUGUGGAUUUAACUGACCUGGAAGAAUUAUGAAGAAUACAUUUUUAAUUUUCAUAUAUUUAUAUAUAAUAUAUAUCUAUAUAACAUUUCUUUUUUUAUUUUUUAGUUUCUUUUGUUAAUUAUGGCAAUAUUUGCACAGCUCACAUGACACAUGUACAAAUUACCUUUUAUGCAAUUUUUUUGACCUGUUACUGUAAAUUAUGAAUAAGAAACAAUGCUGAUUAAUAUAUAUUUUUUUUCUUAGAUAUUUCAGUGGUUAGUGCUCCAGCUAUAUCAUAUUUACUACCUGUUGAAACCGCAGAUUUGAUUCCCAGCAGGGUAAAUUCAUACCCUAGUUUUUCUGAGGUUGCUAAAUAAGUACCAGUUAGUUGAGUAAUAAUCAUAACAUAAGUAUCAGGGCUUUAUCCUAAUGUGUAACUUUUUAGUAUUACUAUAUUUGAAAAGAAUACAAAUAUACAACUCAUUCAACUAAAUUUGAGCCUGGUGUGCCAGUUAGUUCUGGCCAGAGUGUAAGGACUCCAUAUCAAAUCCCAGCAACAGCCAUGUACUAUUCACUCACUGAGAGCUCUUGGGUCUCUUCCUAUAGAUAGUGUGGUUUUCUGGAAACCCACAAAGAAACAAGAUAGGCCUGUGGAGUGGCAUCUCAACUUUACCAACCCUAUGGGCUGUUGGAGACUUCUUGGCCAGUAGAUGUUCUGAGCCCUAUAAAUAAUGUCCACCAUAAGAUACCUAGUUAUCUGGACCUUUUAUUGAAUAUAUGAUAGUCCCAUAAGGGCUGCUGUGCACUUGUAUAACAUGUUAUGGCCCCCAUAAGGGUCUUAAGGGUCUUAAGAGAUGGUCCUGGGUCCAUUAUGGUUUAGUCCCAUUAGGGAUUAAUUUCUGUGAAAAAUAAUGUACCAUGACCAUACCUCCUUGGACCAAAAGUGACCUCCACUCCCUGAGUGGCAAUGGAGCUUCGAGCCACUCUCCAAAAUAUUGCAAAAAUGGAAAGGAACCACACUCAAUUCACUUAAGACAGUGUGCUUAACUGAACCAAGGGCCAGAACAAGCUCAGAAGAUAAUCAAUACCAGUAUUAGAAAAAUGGUCCAGGUACUCCAAUGUCUUCAGGCACCUUUGUUAGAACAUGUGGAACAUUGCAACAUUUUGACUCCCAAUGGAGUCUUUCCAAAGUAUGGAUUUUGACACUUUUAGCAGCAUUUCACGUAGUAUACAAAAGAAUAAUAAAUUUGCCAUUACCUGCUUUUCAACAAUGGAUUAUAAAGAAAAC